CGUCAGUUUGGAUCGCUCCGCGGCGAACGGCCCACACACACACCGGUGGCGGCAGUGCGCGCUCCUUCGUGUAGGUACGUUAAAACGUAUAUUAUAUUAUAAUAUUAUUCCGUAUACGAACACCGUAAAAUUUGUAAUAAAUUGUAUCGUUAUUGCUAUGCGAUUUACGAAUUUUUUUUUUUAAUAUCGCAAAAUUGUAACAGUGCGUUCGUCGUAGUGCAGUGGCAGGCAGCGGCGGCGGCGGGACAAGUAUAUAUACUUAUCCGCAUAAUAUUAUACGACACAGACGACGGCGGAAUUUUUUUCACACAAUUAUUAUUAUAAUACACGUUACGGGUCGCGUGCGUGUUUUUUCCCCGUUCAUUCCACCCGAAAUCUUAUUUUCCGUCGUGAUUAUACGGAAAUGUAUCGAAAACUGUUUUGAACGCAGGGUCGGAGAGACGCGACGCACUCUCAGCUGCAGCGGUCAUCCGACGGUGCAGAUUUUAUUAUAAUAAUAUAUAGCGUAUUAUUAUUAUUAUUAUAUUAUACCAUCCGCUUGCGCCGAAUACACAUAUACAGCCCAACCGCAGAUAUGAUCCAGGAAAACCGUUUCGAGUUGUGCGGUUUUCCGACCACGUACAUCAAGAACAUGAAGUAUAGCCAGUACAACCAGUUAUAUAAUAUAUUAUUUUAUGAAAGUAGUUAUUAGUAUCGGAAUAUAAUAUAUUAUGAUGAUUGUUGACAUCACACAAUGCAAGUGAAGAUGUGUAAAAUUCAAUGCAAGGAAACUACUUAUAAUUUUGACGAGAAAACUGCGGACAAGUCAAGACAUUUAGCGGAAGAUGCUUUAUGCGAGAACAAAAGUUUACACUUUCGUGAAAAGUACGAAUUCGUCCAAUACGUCAAGACUGAAUCGUUGCAGUGUCGAGGAUGCUCGGAUCCAAUUACUGAUAGGUUUUUAUUGAAGGUUUCUGACAAAAUUUGGCACGUGUCGUGUUUAAGAUGCUGCGUGUGCAAUUUGGUAUUAGAGGACGAACCGUCGUGUUUUAUCAAGGAUGAUUCAAUUUAUUGUCGUCAGGACUAUGCCAGGAGUUUCGGUACCGUGUGUUCAAAGUGUUCGAAAGGCAUUUCCGCUUCGCAUUGGGUGCGAAAGGCCAGGGACCACGUUUACCAUUUGGCGUGUUUCCGGUGCGACGCCUGUGACCGACAAUUGAACACGGGUGAAGAGUUUGCUCUGCACGAAGGUCGUGUUCUGUGCAAACCUCAUUAUUUGGACAUCGUGGACGGCGGAACUACAAGCUCGUCAGAGGGUGGAGAUUCAGAAAGUUAUCACAGCAAGAAUAAAGCAAAACGUGUACGGACCACAUUUACCGAAGAACAGUUGCAGGUGUUGCAAGCUAAUUUCCAAUUGGAUUCUAAUCCCGACGGGCAAGACCUAGAAAGGAUAGCCCAAAUUACUGGACUGAGCAAAAGAGUUACUCAAGUGUGGUUUCAGAAUUCUAGGGCGAGACAAAAAAAGCACUUGCACACCGGUAAAGUGAAAAACACUCCAUCCGGAUUACUUCACCACCAACAAAACGGUUCCGAAAAUCAUUUCAACCGGCACAUAAAUCUACACCUUACGUAUUCGUUUCAACAGCCUCCGUCGUCGAACCAUUCGCACCAGAGGGGAUCUCCUAUUUAUAUACCCCAAAAUCCAGCCUCGGAAACGUCGUCCCUAGACGACCUGUCUCAAGACUCCAUGAUGAUGUGUUCGGUGGGCAGGAACAGCGAUCCGGUAUGAGACGAAGACCGUGGUGGGGCCAACAACCAUCCGCCACGUUGACCACGUCCGAAAUAAUAAUAAUAAUUAUUAUUAUUAUGAGAAAUAAUAUAAUUUGAGAGAAUAAAAUGUUUUAAAUUAUUUUUACUGUGAUAUAAUCAUAUUUAAUUAAUUAAUGUUUAAUUACCGGAUGGAAGCCCGCAUUGCGUUUCAAUCCGUUCGUAUUUUAAUAUGUUAGAAUCUCUAGACGGACAGUUUACUCUCCUCGUCACAUGUUUACAAACACUUAAUUAUCAUAUUAUUAUUAUUAUUAUUAUAUUAUUAUACAGCACGAUUUAGUGUUCCGCGUCCAUCGGCCCGCAACUUAUGUUAAUAAUAUUCACAUAGUUACCAUUAGUUAAGCUCGUCAACAUAGGGAACAACAACUACUACGCGAUUUAGCGCCUUCUCGCACUGUACACUAUACACAUCCGUAUAUUAUUCGCAUUUCUUCACCGUUUCGUAUGUUUUUCGUCGAAAAUUUUCCACUCUCCAUUUUACUGUAACAUUGUUAUAAACACCUAAUAUACGCUAUAACGGAAUUUUCAGCGGUAGAGCGUAUAUUAUAUUAUAUAUACGGAUAUAGUAAACUAUUUAUCAAAAGCUGUUAAAUCCUGAUUUUUAUUCACAAAGUGUUUUUCGUAUAUUCGCAUUAUAUUUAGCUAUUGCCGCAGACAAAACGCGUACUAUACGCUUUAUCGUUACAAAAACAAUAGUGCCUACUACUUUUGAUGGUUAUUUAAUCAUAUUAUAAAUACGUUCAGGUAUAGAACGUAACAUGAUUCCGUGUUUGAGCAAACCCCCUCCCCUCCAAUAAAAAACUGUUUCUUCUUCCGUCCGUUGCAGUUUUGAUGCGCGUUCCUAUAUAUAAGCAAAUUUUACUUUUUCCAAAAACCACCGAAAAUAUUUUAUUGUUAUCUAAAUGAAAUUAAAUAAUUUUAUUAAUUUUAAGAAUCUUUUUAUUAUUACUUAUAUCAUAAGAAUAGUAUCUCACGUAUUAUUAUAGUUAUUUUUUUUUUUUUGCUUCAUCGCAUACCACACAAUGUUAUCAUAUAAUAGUAACACGGGAACUUUAUAUUGUAAUCCUUUUUAAUAGACAAUAGUGCGUUUAUAAUAUAUUAUAUUAAAUAUAUCUUAUUUGAUCAGAUCGUGUAUAAUAAGAUGCUUGAAAUUUGUUAUUAUUAUUAUCUUUAUUAUUAUUAUUUUUAUUAUUAUUAUCAUCAUUAUCAUUGUGAAAAUUUGAUUUUGUAUGGAAUGUAAAUUAUUGUAAUUUAUAUAUAUUAUAUUGUAAAUACGAAUCCUGGGCCGGCCCAAAAUAUUCUGCCACCCUAGGCAAAUAUAUCUGAUCUGCAACCGUCCCCCUCCUUUCCCAUCAUAAUAUAGUACUGUACCUAUACCAAUUUUGUUUACGAAAAUGUUUGUACAUAUAAAUAUUGAUAUAUUGUAUCUGUGUGUAAGUAAAAAUUGUUUAGAAAUAAUAUUCAAA